GUGUGGUGCAGGACGGUGGUGUCUGUGUUCCGGUCUGCAUCCUGCGGUCUCCCUCUCGGUGGCCCCCUCAGAAGUCCACUCUCCCUGCACAGUCGCAGAGGCCCAGGAGGCCGUUGGGAGCACGAGACAGAGGUUUGCAGGACUGGCGGCAGACUAGCCCCCAGUCGCCCCGGCCUUGCACCUCGCCGACACUGGUAGCGCCUGGGGCGGGGUUCCCACGUGCCAGGAGGACCUUCAGGUCAGACUUUGACCCCGGCGCAGGCUUCAGUGGUCGCCAAGGAUCAGGAGCCUAAGAGCUUUGGUUCGAGACAAUUAAAGACGUGGGAUGAGGAUCCAGUGACAGGACGCGGUUCUGCCGGGGGAUUCUGAAGAUAAAACGCUUUGAAAAGUCGAAUUCAUGGUCGUGGAAGCUGAGCCCAUAUUAAGAAAUGUCAGGCGUCCGACCCCCGAUCAUGAACGGGCCCAUGCACCCCCGGCCCCUGGUAGCGCUGCUCGACGGCCGGGACUGCACGGUGGAGAUGCCCAUCCUGAAGGACGUGGCCACGGUGGCCUUCUGUGACGCACAGUCCACGCAGGAGAUCCACGAGAAGGUGCUGAAUGAGGCGGUGGGGGCGCUGAUGUACCACACCAUCACGCUGACCAGGGAGGACCUGGAGAAGUUCAAAGCUCUUCGUAUCAUUGUUCGGAUCGGCAGUGGUUUCGACAACAUCGACAUCAAGUCAGCUGGGGACUUAGGCAUCGCGGUCUGCAACGUGCCGGCGGCGUCUGUCGAGGAGACGGCUGACUCCACCCUGUGCCACAUCCUCAACCUGUACCGCAGGACCACCUGGCUGCACCAGGCGCUGCGGGAAGGCACACGGGUCCAGAGCGUUGAGCAGAUCCGGGAAGUGGCUUCCGGAGCGGCCAGGAUCCGUGGGGAGACCUUGGGCAUCAUAGGACUAGGUCGCGUGGGGCAGGCGGUGGCACUUCGGGCCAAGGCCUUCGGCUUCAACGUGCUGUUCUACGACCCCUACCUGUCAGACGGCACGGAACGGGCGCUGGGGCUGCAGCGGGUGAGCACCCUACAGGACCUGCUGUUCCACAGCGACUGCGUCAGCCUGCACUGCGGCCUCAACGAGCACAACCACCACCUCAUCAACGACUUCACCGUCAAGCAGAUGCGACAAGGCGCCUUCCUGGUGAACACAGCCCGGGGCGGGCUGGUCGACGAGAAGGCGCUGGCCCAGGCCCUGAAGGAGGGGCGGAUCCGGGGCGCAGCCCUGGACGUGCACGAGUCGGAGCCGUUCAGCUUUAGCCAGGGCCCCCUGAAGGAUGCGCCUAACCUGAUCUGCACCCCCCACGCGGCCUGGUACAGCGAACAGGCCUCCAUCGAGAUGCGGGAGGAGGCGGCCCGGGAGAUCCGGAGAGCCAUCACAGGCCGGAUCCCCGACAGCCUGAAGAACUGUGUCAAUAAGGAUCACCUGACAGCGGCCACCCACUGGGCCAGCAUGGACCCGGCUGUGGUGCACCCCGAGCUCAACGGGGCCGCCUACAGCAGGUACCCGCCGGGCGUGGUGGGCGUGGCCCCCAGCGGCAUCCCAACCGCCGUCGAAGGCAUCGUCCCCAGCGCCAUGUCCCUGUCCCACGGCCUGCCCCCUGUGUCCCACCCGCCCCACGCCCCUUCUCCCGGCCAAACCGUCAAGCCCGAGGCAGAUAGAGACCACGCGAGUGACCAGUUGUAGCCCGGGCGGAGCUCUGCAGCCUUGGCGCCCUCGGACGGGUGGUGGCGGAGGCGGCGUCUGCGAGGCCACAGCGCUCCAGAGACUGUCCGGGCGCCGCGCGGGCGAGAGGCCGCUCCGCCCUCCCCGCGUCAGCCGUAGUCGUCCUUCCCCGAGGGCCAGCCGCUGUCCUGUGUUCUUUGCGUCCUCGUUAAGCAAAAGAAGUUUAGUAGUUAAUUCUAUCAUGAAUGUUCUUGUCCGUGUACAGUCUUUAGAACAUCACAAAGGAUCGGUUUGCUUAGCUGUCUACGGGAGAGAGCCCGAGGGGCCGUGCUCCGCAGGCCGGGCUGAGGCUGCGGCCCGAACACACCCGCGACCAGGCAGUUGGGCAAACUUCUCAGGACAACGACUCCUUCCCGUUUUUCUUUCUACGCCACACAGUGCAUUGUUUUUUCUACCUGCUUGUCUUAUUUUUAGAAUAAUUUAGAGAAACAAAACAGAGGCUGUUUUUCCUCAUUUUGGCAUGAACCCCCUUGUUCCAAACGAAGAUGGCGUUGUAAGUGGCUCGGAGAGAAGAGGAGGGUGUGGCGCACAGCGCGCUCCGGCCGUCGGCACCGGUCCCGGGACGUGAGGGCGCAGCGCCCUGGCCUGCGCGGGUGCCGUCCUGCUGACGUGGUAGGCUAGCAAUAUUUUGGUUAAAAUCAUGUUUGUGACUGUAACCAUUUGUAUGAAUUAUUUUAAAGAAAUAAAAACCCCAGAAAGAG